GGCGUGCCCGCCAGUGGAAUGCGCGCUCCCCCUCGCAGCUCGUGUCCGGCGCUAAUUGGAGUGCACCGCUGAUGUAGAUUAUAAAAUGGAAAUAGUUGGAGCUUUUACUGCGUUUAGUGGAACUUCUCUGGCUGUUUGUGAAGCGGAGGGAGGAUGAGGAGGGUUUCUCUGCAGGCGGCUCUUCUCUGAUAAUCUCAUCCUUCCUCCAUGAGGACGCAAACUGUGCGUCGCCUUUUUGCUUGGAGCAAGUUCACCUCUCCGUGAGGCUGACGGGACAGCGAGGGGUUCCUUAUUUUCCUGAGUGGUCCCUUUGGUUUCGGGGUCGGAUCCGGAGACUCACCUGUGUUUGGGUUUUGUUGCAGAUUCUGAUUUGAAGUCCUGUAAGUGGAGCGGGCCCUAGAGACCGAGGCGCCCCGUCCGACCUCACUUAUUUUGUUUGUUCGUUGGUUUUUGUUUUUUUUUUUCUAUUUUUUCUUUAUUUAUUUAUUUGAAAUAAUGUGUGUACAGUCUCGAUCUGGAGGAUUAUAGCAGCAUCUUGUCGGUGGCUUCCAUGUAGCGGGGAGAGAGGCUGUGUGUGUUUCUGAGGGAUCCAUCAGAGGCUUAUAUAAGAAGAGCCGUCAUGUAUGCGGGACGAAAGAGGAGAAAACCCGUCCAGAGAGCGGUGAAGCAGCAGCCGGCUGAAGGGGCUAAGUCCAACCCGUCCAAACGGCAUCGGGACCGGUUGAACGGGGAGCUGGAGCGGUUGGCCAGCCUGCUGCCUUUCCCAGAGGAAGUCACCGCCAGUCUGGACAAACUCUCCAUCCUCCGCCUGAGUGUCAGCUACCUGCGGGCCAAGAACUUCUUCUCUGUCACCCUGAACAGUCGGAACGGAGCGACUUCAGCCGGUGCGAAUGAUGACGACAGCAAAACAGGAGGAGCAGUGGAGAGCAAGAUUCCUGAAGGCGAUCUUUUGCUGCAGGCUCUCAACGGUUUCGUCCUGGUUAUCACUGCCAGUGGAACCAUCUUCUACUCCUCUCACACCAUCCAAGACUACUUGGGCUUCCACCAGACGGAUGUCAUGCACCAGAGUGUGUAUGAACUAGUCCAUACGGAGGACCAGCAGGAGCUCAGGAGAAACUUGCACUGGGCUUUGAAUCCUCCUCCCACCACUGCAUCUGCCAUUACCCAGGACUCCCCUCAAGAGAUGGAACCAGACAGCAGCUCAUCUUUAGUCACCUACAACCCUGAGCAGCUUCCCCCAGAGAACUCGUCCUUCCUGGAGCGGAGCUUCGUGUGUCGCUUUCGCUGCCUCCUGGACAACUCCUCUGGCUUUCUGGCUUUGAACAUCCAGGGCAGACUCAAGUUUCUGCAUGGACAGAACCAGCGGCAAGAAAACGGAGGAAAGGUCCCGCCUCAGCUCGCCCUUUUUGCCAUUGCGACUCCCCUGCAGCCUCCAUCCAUCCUGGAGAUCAGGACAAAGAACAUGAUCUUCAGAACCAAACACAAGCUGGACUUCACACCCAUGGCCUGCGACGCAAAGGGGAAGAUAGUGCUGGGGUACACAGAGGCCGAACUGCGGGUACGAGGAUCUGGCUAUCAGUUCAUCCAUGCAGCAGAUAUGCUGUACUGCGCAGAGAACCAUGUCAGAAUGAUGAAGACUGGAGAGAGUGGCCUGACUGUGUUCAGGCUCCUUACCAAGGAGAAUCGCUGGAAAUGGGUCCAGGCCAAUGCCAGGCUGGUGUACAAGAACGGCAAACCAGACUACAUCAUCGCCACCCAGAGGCCUCUUUUGGAUGAGGAGGGAGGAGAACACUUGCGUAAGCGCUCCAUGCAUCUACCCUUUACCUUUGCUACAGGAGAGGCCCUGCUUUACCAGUCCAACCAUCCCAUAGCAGGCUUUGGAGAUGGAAGCCAUGAGAAAAAUGGCAGUAAGUCAAAGAAGAGCCGGACUGAGAGGCUGGUGAGGGAUGGUCUGGACCCUGGCUCUCUACUAGGGGCACUCAUGAGUCAGGAUGAGUCGGUGUAUGUUUGCCAGCCUGCCGUGGAGCCCAAAAUGUCAUUCCAUAGCUUCUUUGGAGACCAAAUGGGCUUCUCUGACUCUGAACCCCCCAGCUUGCACAGGAGCUGGGACGAGACGAGAAAUGGUGUGCUGGGUCCAGGAAUUACACAGGCAGGCACCAGCUUUGACCCACUGCUGGCUACUCUGGACUCCCUCUCCCUGGAAGGCCAUGGUGUUGUGGAUUCAGAAGAGGGGGGUUGUUCAAACGGCGAGCUGUUUGGGGCUCUGGAAGGUCUCGGGCUGAGUGCCGAGGACCUUGAGCUGCUGCUGCUGGAUGAGCGCAUGAUCAGAGUUGAGAUGGACCCUGAACGUGUGCCCACUUUGGACGACCUACUGACGAACGAUGAGAUCCUUUCUUACAUCUACGACUCCAUAGAGGGAAAGAUUGAUUCCACAGUGCAUGGAGGACAGGUGCCUCCCAGUACUGCCUCAGCGACAGCCACAACAGUGUCACUACCUGAAAGUAAUUCCACCUCUGACGUCAAUGUGCAAAUGCAGUUUCCUCACCAUAAGCCUCCCCUGGUGGGGCAGACCCCCAUUGUCCAGCUGUCCCAGCAGAUGCAACAGCACCUCAACAUGCGACCCAGUAAAGUGACGCAUGACUGGGGCCAGCAGAGUGACCAUUUGGCCAACAGGAUAGUUAAUGGAGACAUGCUGGGUCAAAAUCAAUCCAUCCCAAAUGGACAAUGGACAGCCCAAGACAUUCUGGCAAGUGCAGGGAUACAACUGGAACACUAUAACACUCAACAGACUAUUUUAAAUGGCAAGGCCUCAGAGCUGGAUGGCAAGCUUAAUCAGCAGCAAACACAUCAACGCUACCUUCAGCAGCAGCAGCAACCCAGAAUGCAGAACCAUCUCUCACAGCAGUGCCAUGCCAAACAGAAGGCAGCCAACCUCAACGGACUGUGUGGCAUCUCCAGUGCAGAGCACUCAGCAAGAAAAUCCCAGUGGCAGGAAUAUGGAUUCAGCGAGAGUCUGGGCAGCAACCCCUGCCUUGAUAACAGCCAAAAACCUCUGACAAACACCUCACUAGAUACUUGCAUGGAUUAUAGCAUGCCAGAUAUUGACAAUGCGGAUUACACUGUUAGUGGAAGUUUGUUUGGGGGGAGUGGACAACAGCACGGGGCUGUGUCCACGGUUUCAUCAUUCCAGGGGCUGAACCAUAAACAGCAGUCGGAGCAGAUCCCAGUUCCUUUGGCCCAGGUCAUCUCCAGCCUGUCGCAGUGCCCUCCCCCCAACGCCUCCCUGGAGCAGAUCCUUGGAGUGGAAAAGCCCUGCCGGCAGUUGGACCACUAUGGCAUUGGGACUACUGAGAUCCCUCACGACCCCAGUUCCGAUAAGAUGGAGAAUGGCUGCAUCCUGAACAGCACUUACCCUGGAGGCUGUGCCCUGCCCAAUAGGAAUGGAACAGCACCCCCUGCUGUCCAGAUGCCCGGCCCAGAGACUUUGCCCAGCCUCCCCGACCCACCAGCCACUGGCUUCUACCUCUGACCGGCUGACCAGGAACAGUAGGACACUGUUAAUGGCCAGAAACACACAAUGACUGGACCAGCCUUAUACAUCUAGACAACACAACAAACAAAGCUGAAGAAACGUAGGCCUAUAUGUUUCUUUCUUUGGUUUCAAAUUUGUAAUUUUUUUUUGUGGGGGGAGGGGAUCGUUGUGUUGUAUUUUAAGUCAUAUUAUCAUACGAGUCCUUUGUUUACAAUAAUGCAGUGAAGAGUGCUCAGUUGAGUUUAAGUGUUACAGAGAGAUAAAUGUGAGUUUUUAAAGCUGAGUUUACAGAUCCGCGUUCAGAUACAACACAACGCACAAUUUACAUUCAGAGGCAAAAGAUUAUGGCUAGUUUAGCAUCAAUUAUUUAAUAUUUAAAUUAAAAAAAACUACACUAAUACACCCAUUUCAUGUAGGAUAUUCUUAAAGUCAAAAGUGAAAGAGCAAGACAACACAAGUGAUAGAUGUCCUAAAGAUUUUAGAUUUACUGAGUUAAUAUUGGGUGUCACUGGUGGGUAAAUGAUUCAUAUUUCAUCAGCGGAAGCUGAUUAUUAGCCAUUAUCACUGGUAGUAGAUUAAGGGAUGACUUGAUCAACAAAAACUAGCAUUGUUCAUAGUCUGACAUUUUAUUUAAGAAACAAUUAAAGCUGCAGUAAGUGAUUUUUAUAAAAAUUAAUUGCCUAAAUUUCACUAUAUGCUGACGGUAGUACAUGAGACAGAUAAUCUGUCAAAAAAUCAGGCUCCUCUGGCUCCAAAAGGGUACCUGUCUCUGCUCUGAUUGGUUGUUUUCAUUCAGGCCCGGUGGAUUUUUGCAUAUGCCAUUAGGAGCACUAGGCGGAGCCAGAGGAACAUGAUUUUUUCACAGAUUAUCUGUCUCAUGUACUACUGUCAGGAUAUAGUGAAGUUUUCAGCAAAUACGACUAUAUAUUUUUAUAAAGGUUAUUUUCUGCAGCUUUAAUCAAGAAAAUAACCAGCAGUAAUCGGUAGUUGCAACCCGAAACUGUAAGAUGCAAAAACAGGCAAACAGCAGGAGAUGAACUGAGGAGAAGAGAGGUUGUGGUAUGUUUCCACUUCAUGAAUGUACAGAGGGACAGGAAUAUCUGACCAAGCAUCAAAAGCACUUCUUGGUCAUGUGACUUUAUUUUUUCAUCUGAACAAUGAACAGUCACAAUUCGGUUUUAGGGUUGGGGUCUUUUGACUCGCUUUGUAUCUGAACGCACCAUAAAAACACACACAUACACACACACACACACACACUAUCCUUGUCAGUACAACUCCAACGUGCUUUUGGCACUGGCAGUUGACAGGACAUCCGCAUCGCUCAUAGUUUUGCUACAAGAAUGUAAUCUUUCAGUGUUCAGUGAUUUCUUUGUUGAACGGUUUUACUUGUCAACAAUGAGAUUAAUCCAUUAUGUGUAUGAAAAAAAAAAAGUAUAGAAUAUGGAAUUUAUGGCUAGAAAUAUCCUGCACUUUAUUUCAAGCAACCCACUUAAUGCAGAUCUGUAGUCAGGGAUACUGGGGUUAUAAAACCAACAGACCCUGUUUUGUUUUUGUUUGCUUCGGAUGCAAGAUGAACCCGUUUGCAUUUUUAUUUUGAGGUAUAUUUCAGGUGAUGGGUUUUAAUGUCCUCACAAGCACAAACACUUGUGUACAAUUGUUAGUGUCAUCAUUUUUAUCUUCCUCCACUUGAAUUCUUUUUGUUGUUGUUGAUGUUGAUCAUUUUGGACCUCUGGAUGAGUUCUCUUUCUUUUAUUUCGGUCAUUGUUAAAAGUUUGACUUGACUAGAAGAAGUUGAUUUUUCAUUUUCCUGUAUUUAUUCAUGUCCUGCAGCAAGUAAGCAUUCUUGAUUGUUUUGAAGUUGAUGUGUAAGACAUUCUCUUGUACAAAAAAAAGAAAAGAAAAUGUAAUGCUUUGUCAUCCUCUAGCUAAGCAGUGGUUGCACUCGCUCUCCCGACAGAAGAAUCAUUCCUCAGUGAAUCCAGAUCCACUACAGUACAAUCAAAGCUUUUAGAGUUUUUAAAAGGAAAAGUCUGACAUGUUGGGAAAUCCUCUUGUUUGCCUCCUCGCCCAGAGGAGUGAAGAUCGAUAGAAACACAUGCUGGAUAAACAGAUAUGAAAUCAUAUCGAUCUCGUAGUUGGAAAACAAACAUCCCCAAAAUGUGAGUGCUUUUCCUUGUAAAUGCCAGAAAACUUGGUGAUAUUAUGAGGUCAGUCAUUUCAGGUCUACACAGGAUCUUGGAGCAGUUACAGAAUGGCAAACACUGAAAAACCAAAUGUGAGUAUUAAAAAGAGAUAUUUACCGGAAGGAUACAGUUGUGAAUGUUUCUUGUACAUAGCAAAAUGACUGGAAAAAACGAUGCAGAGGAGAAUUAUUUCAUCAAGAAGAGAUGCUGAAAAGAGAUUUCCAUUUUAAUUGUUCGAAUAAUGUCAUUACUAUUGGUAUUAAUAUUAUUGUUAUAUGUUUUAUGUUGAAAAUGUGAUACACACGUGGUUAUAUGUCAUUCGAAUUGAUUAAUUUCUCUCCCCGUUCUUUUUACUGCAGCAGACAUGUUUGCUAUAUUUAAUAUGAUUGAUGUGGCUUAUUAACAAUGUGAAAAAAAGAUGUGUAUAUAAAAGGCAAACAAGCUUUGACAAAUACAGGUAUGUACAUAGUUUUGCGUCAAGUCACUCGUUUCAAGCACUAUUUUUAAAAACACAUGCUUAUCAAACUCCUUUGUUGAUUCAUUUUUUGUUUGUUUUUUUAAAUUGUAAAUAGUACUCUCAUCACGAAACACUGGACUCUAUGACAGGCUGAAAAUGGUGCCAUACUACUGAGACUUGUUAAAUAGGCUAUAAUGUUUGAGAGUUUAAUUUCGUCUUCUGUUUAGCCACAGUAACGUUAACAUGCUAACAGGACAAGGUGUAGAUGUUUGACCCGUGUCCUUUGACUGCUUGUUUCAAAUGUAUUAUUUUCUUCCUUUGAAUAAAGGAUUUCUUCAAUCACAGUGAAAAACACAAACAUGCUGCAAGCAUAUAACUGACCACUCAUGUGUCUCUCUCUCUGAGCCCUCUGGUUUUGUAUUCACUUGGACAAUAAACAGCAGGGGUUUCCAACCUGUGUCAGUGACCCUCUUACUGUGGGCCCCUGACAUGUAAAAAAGGUGCUAUGUGUAGCAUUUUAACAUCAAUAAAUCCUUACCACAUUAA